GGGAUGGUCUUAUGCAUUAUGGUCAGUCUCCACAUGAGCAUGCGAGAAUAACGCAGAAGGAUUACGGAUAAAGAGUGACUUAUUGCUCCGCCAGAAUUUAUUACAUAGUUGGGGUACCGACUAACAAUUUUUGGUUCGGGACAGGGGGCAAAAUAAGACGGGCAUAGAGGGGUGCUAACCUCAGAUAGGUAAUUCCAGCCAUGUUAGUCCCAAGACCCGAAGCUGAAGUUAUUCAUAUAAUGUCGUGUGUAUAGUAUCACUUAUGGACAUAACGUCGAAAUGCCACGGCCAUCAUCAUGUCCUCCAGCAAUCAUGGGGAUGUGUCGAAUAUAUAUAGCCUCUCGUUCUCGUCUGGCAUCCGACACUCCUCAUUCAGACACCAUCAUCAAGACACAUACACAACAUCCUUCUUAAGAUACCCGUUCAAGUCCAAGAUACCUACCGUUCUUGUUCAAGAUGCCUUCCUUCACAAGCCCCGUUGACUCGGCUACCCUCUUCUACCGGUACUACAAGCCGGACGGGAUUGCCUUUCGCCCACAGGACCGAGAGACCUCGGACAUCACUCUGGUCUUCCUCCACGGCUGGCCCAUGUCCUCUCGCAUGUUCGAGCACCUUCUCGUCCCGCUCUGCGAGACGUAUCGGUUUCCCUGUGUUGCCCCAGACCGCCGUGGGUUUGGGAAGAGCGAUUGGAACACUGCCACGACCAGCUCCAUUGGGUACGAUACUUUCGUCGCUGAUCUCGUGGGAUUGCUGGAGCACCUGGACGUCAAGUCUUUUGUCCUGCUAGGAGCAAGCAUGGGCACGCAAGAGUCCGUUUUGGCUUAUCUCAAGAGCCGUUCCAUCCAAGAACGCUGCAAGGGGUUUGUCUGGAUGGGGCCGAACAUGCCAUUUCCUGUUCAGUCGCCCGAGCACCCCUUGGGUCCUCCGAAGGAACUGUGGGACGCGAUUCAGGACGGGCUCCGAGCGGAUAGAGCUAAGUACGUCAGCGAGUCUCUCCCUGGCAUCUUUGCCGUGCAAGCUGGGAACGAAGUCUCGACGAAGACACUCGAGCAAUACGAACGCAUUGUCGACGAAGCGGACGCCGUAGCUCUCGACAAGACGACGAGAAUCCUCCAGAAGGACAUGAGCAAGGAGCUGCAGGAGGUGGCGGCCCUCGGAAGAGUCCCCAUUAUGAUCUUGCAUGGCGACUCGGAUCAAGGGUCGCCUUUGGAAGCAAGCUCACAAAUCGUCAAGGAUAUGCUCCCAUGGGCUGACCUGAAAGUCUAUGAAAAGGGCGGACACGGCUUGUACUUGACCCACGCUCCACAGGUCAUCGCCGAUAUCGUCGGUUUCGUGGAAACCAUAUCCGGAGGGCAGAAGUAGAGCAACGAUGUUGCUUGAGUCGCGAUAGAAGCCUGGGUACUUGGACAGCCACUGGGUAAUGAUUGAAAACUCUCCAAUUGUGUUUUAGAUGAGG